CGGAAUCCCCCUUCCUUCCCGUCCCCGCCUCCCGCUCUCUGGGCUCCGGGCGCCCGGCCCGCGGUGCCCGCAGCGGCCCCGACCGCGACUGCGGAGCCGGGGCAGCGCGCGCCACGGCGCAGGCUCCGCGGUCCGAGCAGGCGCGUCACCGGUCGGCGGGACGUCGCGCCCCGCUCUGCGCCCGCCGCGCCCCCGCCGUCCGGGCCCCGGGCCGCCGCGUCCUCCCUGGCGGCUGCGGGCGGGGCCGCCUCGAGGUUGGAGGUGAAGAGAGCACAGGGUUGAACUUCCCUCGGGACCCUGCAGCCCGCUAGGAAGGCCCUCCAGUUUCCGGGGAAGAAGGUGAAGAUCGGUCUGCUGAAAAUUUAAUUUUUCAAGAUGAAGUUUUUAUUGGCGAUUGUCUUUUUUAUUUUAAUGUCCUUGUGGGUUGAAGAAGCCUAUUCUAAAGAGAAAUCUUCCAAGAAAGGGAAGGGGAAAAAGAAGCAGUAUCUAUGCCCAUCCCAGCAGUCAGCAGAGGAUCUUGCCCGAGUACCUGCCAAUUCCACUAGCAAUAUCUUGAAUAGGCUGUUGGUCAGCUAUGAUCCCAGGAUAAGACCAAAUUUCAAAGGCAUUCCCGUUGAUGUAGUAGUCAACAUUUUUAUCAACAGUUUUGGAUCCAUUCAAGAGACAACAAUGGACUACAGAGUUAACAUUUUCCUGAGACAAAAAUGGAAUGAUCCCAGGCUGAAGCUGCCUAGUGAUUUUCGGGGCUCAGAUGCACUGACAGUGGAUCCUACAAUGUACAAGUGUCUGUGGAAACCUGAUUUAUUUUUUGCAAAUGAAAAAAGUGCCAAUUUCCAUGAUGUGACCCAGGAAAACAUCCUUCUCUUUAUAUUUCGGGAUGGAGAUGUCCUUGUCAGCAUGAGGUUAUCUAUUACUCUUUCCUGCCCUUUGGACUUGACCUUGUUCCCCAUGGAUACACAACGUUGCAAGAUGCAACUUGAGAGCUUUGGUUACACAACUGAUGAUUUACGAUUUAUCUGGCAAUCAGGGGACCCUGUGCAGUUAGAGAAAAUUGCCUUGCCUCAAUUUGAUAUUAAAAAGGAGGAUAUUGAAUAUGGUAACUGUACCAAAUACUAUAAAGGCACUGGGUACUACACCUGUGUGGAAGUCAUCUUCACCCUGCGGAGACAGGUCGGGUUUUACAUGAUGGGCGUCUACGCCCCCACCCUGCUCAUCGUAGUUCUCUCCUGGCUUUCCUUCUGGAUCAACCCGGACGCCAGCGCGGCCAGAGUGCCCCUGGGUAUCUUCUCAGUACUCAGCUUGGCCUCUGAGUGCACUACCCUUGCUGCAGAACUUCCCAAAGUGUCCUACGUGAAGGCUCUUGACGUGUGGCUCAUUGCGUGUCUUCUCUUUGGGUUUGCUUCUCUGGUGGAGUAUGCUGUUGUCCAGGUGAUGCUGAAUAACCCCAAACGAGUCGAAGCAGAAAAAGCCAGAAUUGCUAAGGCUGAGCAAGCAGAUGGAAAAGGUGGAAAUGCAGUUAAAAAGAAUACUGUGAAUGGUACAGGGACUCCUGUUCACAUAAGCACUUUGCAGGUUGGAGAGACCAGAUGCAAAAAGGUUUGUACUUCGAAGUCGGAUCUGAGGUCUAAUGACUUCAGCAUCGUCGGAAGCUUGCCAAGAGAUUUUGAAUUAUCUAAUUAUGACUGCUAUGGAAAACCUAUUGAGGUCAACAGCGGACUAGGGAAAUCUCAGGCGAAGAACAACAAGAAGCCUCCGCCUGCCAAGCCCGUUAUUCCAACCGCAGCAAAGCGAAUUGAUCUUUAUGCAAGAGCAUUGUUUCCUUUCUGCUUCUUAUUCUUCAAUGUUAUAUAUUGGUCUAUAUAUUUAUGAUGAAUCUUUCCCAUUUGUAUAAAAUAAAAUCCCAUGUCAUUGUGAACAACCUCAUUCAUAAUGCCAAUCUGAAAAUUUUUGCACUUUCAUAGCAACGUAUUGCAUUUUGGAUGCCAUUUGAUUGUGAUAAAAAUGUGGCACUUUAAUUUUGAAUGGCAGCAUGAUCUUGUAUUGUCUCUGCUCUAAUAAUGAUGUAUGUAUGUAUAACAAACAUACUGCUUUAAGGAUAAUGAAGGAUAAGCAUACUACGUAAAAGAAAAAAAUCCAAACCGUUAUCUUCAGUUAGUGUAAAUUGCAAAUACUUCAGAUAAUUCUGAUAAUAAAAUGAUGUGCACGCUAAAUCCUGUUAUUAUCACCAUUCUAAUGUAUGUAGCAUUUUAAAUUUCCUUCCUUGUAACCUUCAGAGAAAGCCAUCUUAUUCUUGUAUAAUUUUAGAUGGUAUUAUCACAGAUUAAGAAAAUUAUAUUACACAUUGUUUAAAGUUUAUAAGUAGAAAUAUAUCAGCUAUAAAUAUGUGGACUCUGUGAAGAAAUAAAGUUGAAAAAAUUGCUAAUUUGUAAAAUCAGCUCAUUCUAAAGUGUGCCUGUGUUGUCAAAUGCUGGGUAGUAAUACAUAGUAAGCAUUUUUGAAACAAAGGAAAAUCUAUAUUUACAUAAAUUCAUACUGAAUUGUAGCUUCUGAUAAAAAUAAAAGAUGAAUAUAUUGAUUAAAUAUUUCUGAUAAAUUCUGUUUAAUCCACCUUAAAACCUAUAUGUAUUUUCAUGGAUUUCAUCUUGUGAUUACAGAGUAUAUAAAAAUCACUGUGCCUUAAAAAGAGCCAUAAAUAUUUUAAAUUGGAAUAUAGUCAUAGAUAUGCUAUUUCAUAUCAUUUUUAAGAAACCAAGAGGAAAAUACCCUGUUACUAGAAGUAACCUGAUUUGGGGAAAAACAUUCCAUAAUUAUUAAAGGAUUUUAACUUUUUCAUUUUACUAAAAUGCUUACAUAUUUUUAAGUAAAAUUAAAAAAUGUUUUUGUGAAUUCAACUAUUUCUUUUUUUCUUAUUUGGAUAUUUUUAAAUUUGUUAUGAAACAUUUAAGUAAAUAAUAUUUUUGUUAGGCCUCACUUCCACUUUUAUUUUCUUUUUUGCUAAAAGUCUACACUACUUAUAUUUAUUUAGUUUGAAUUUAUUCCAAUCUGAAAAUAGGCACUUUCUGGUCUAUAAGACUCUCAUUUCCUAGUAAUAUCACAGCCAAUGUACCUUUUUAUUUCUCCAGAGCUGAAAUUAGAACUAUCAAUAACUCCCAUAAUAUAAACAUAAGACCAAAUAACUCUAUCUACAUUACUUGGAGAAUUUUGUUACAGCUGAGAGUUUGUAUGGUCAAUUCAAUAAUAAAAUGUGUUUAAAUAUUGUUCAUGCAAAUUACCAUAUAUAAUCAAAUGCUAUUUUAUUGAAGAUUUUUAUUUUUCAGAUUCCCAAUGAUUACUAAAUUAAAAAAAGAAUGAGGUGUAAUCUAAUGCUCUGUUGUCCUUCAGCACCCUCUAGUUGCAAAAGCUUAGUCAUCUGAAUAUUUUUAAAAUUUGUAAGUAACCCUGUUGAUGGGCUGUAAUAUCCUGCUAGGACCAGGGCAGUAACUUUUUAAUGGAACUUUGGUAGGAAAAAAAUGUCAUGAGUAGGACUCAAAUCAUUUAAAAUUUUAUUUAUAAUAUACUUGUUUUUAAUCUGUUUUCUAUAUUCUUGGAAAUUCCAUUCAUAUUAGGAAGUUUGAUUUAGACACAAAGUUUUAAGUGGAAAAUAUACCAAAUGGAAGACAGGUCUUGUUAUAUAAGAAUGUUGAAAAUAAUUUGAAUGAAUUUCAUUCUGUACAGUAAUACUGUAGCCUCCUAAGAUCAAUUUUAAAACUGAAAUAUAUAUAAAUAACUAUCCCAGGAUUGUGUAUAUAAAACUUCAAAUGGUACAUAAGACAGUGGCCAUAACAAAGAAGUAGUACAAUCAUGUCCACUCAUCCUUACUUUAUAAUGUGAUCUUAAAAAGAGCCAUAAUAUUUUAGAGACUCAGGAUUUGGUCACGUAACCCCAGUGUAGUUCUGAUGUGUAUUCUUUAAAUACUGUGUUUCUCUAGGAGACUUGCAGUACAACUACCUGGAUAUCAGUAUCUCAAAUUCAGUGUCUCCAAAAUAAAAUUUAUCUUCUCACAAAUCAGUAGGUUAUCUUCUAUUUCUUUUGACACAUCACUAUUCCAGUAAUCCAUAUUAAUAUUUUUCCUGAAAUAUUUAAUGUUGCAAAUACAACAUCCCUUUCCUUUAGUGUGUUUCCUAAACAAGGACAUCCUCUUUUUGUAACCACAGUAGAACCAGGUAUUCAUAUCAAGAAAAUAACAUUGAUAAAAUAUUAUAAUCUAGAGAGUUUUUAAAAUCUGUACAUUGUUCCACCUUUUUUUUUCUUUUUUUGGUUUGGGAUCCAGUCCAGUUUCACAUAUUUCAUUUAAUGGUCACAAAGUUAAUUUCUUUAAAAUAAAGCCUUGACCAUGGAAU